UUUGGAAGUGGAGCCCAUUAGAAGGGUUCCAUAUGGCCAUUGCUGCCUUCGACCAAUCGCUGUGUUCAUCUUCUUAUAAACAGAGUUCUUCCAGUUUCGUUUUUAUUCUCUUCAUCGAAUUGGAUUUUAGGGUUCUUCUUUAGCUUUUCUGUGGAACUAAGAACAGCUUUACCAUUGCUCUGUUUGGGGUUUGAUGGAUCUGUGGAUCUAACAAUUUUACUCGCACAUGUAUUGCUGUGUCUCUUUUGGAUCUCCGUCGUUUUCAUUUGAUAUCAUCCAGUAGUAGCUCACCCCAACUGCCCAGAAUAGCCUAAUUUACAGUGGGAGGGAUUUGAGGUGGGAUUGGUGUUGCAUCCAUUUCGGAUGUGGAGGAAUUGGAGGCUGGCUCUGGUGCAAUGAGGGAUGUUAUCAAGCUUGAUGAACUUGCUGAGGGCUUGCUGGCAGCCAUGUGCCGAUCGUCACUUGCGUCGUCGGGGCGGCGGCGGUGGUUCGGAUUCGGUUGGCUGCCAAGAUGGGCUACUUUGGUACAAGGACCAUGGGCACCACAUCAAUGGAGAAUUUUCAAUGGCUGUUGUUCAAGCCAACAAUUUACUUGAGGAUCAGAGCCAGCUUGAGUCUGGUCCUUUGAGCUUGCUUGAGUCUGGACCCUAUGGAACGUUUGUCGGAAUAUACGACGGUCAUGGUGGCCCCGAGACGUCGCGGUUCAUAUGUGAUAACUUGUUCCAGCAUCUCAAAGUGUUUGCUACUGAAGAAAAGGCAAUGUCUGUAAAUGUGAUAAAGAAAGCAUUCCAAGCAACAGAAGAGGGGUUUCUCUCUAUUGUCACCAAGCAAUGGCCUAUGAACCCGCAGAUUGCGGCCGUUGGUUCGUGCUGUCUGGUUGCUGUGAUUUGUAAUGGGAAACUCUACGUUGCGAAUCUUGGCGACUCCCGAGCUGUGUUGGGGAGGCUUGUUCGGUCGACGGGGGAAGUUCUUCCUAUUCAGCUGUCGUCGGAGCACAAUGUAAGCAUACAAUCAGUCCGCCAGGAGAUGCAGUCUAUGCACCCAGAUGACUCCCAGAUAGUAGUGUUGAAGCAUAACGUAUGGCGCGUAAAGGGCUUGAUUCAGAUUUCUCGGUCGAUUGGAGACGUGUAUCUCAAAAAGCCAGAGUUUAACCGGGAGCCUUUGUAUACUAAGUUUCGUCUCCGAGAGCCCUUCAGUAAGCCUAUUCUGAGCUCAGAACCUGCGGUCUCUGUGCAUGAACUCGAUCCAAACGAUCAAUUUCUCAUAUUUGCCUCUGAUGGGCUGUGGGAGCACCUAAGCAGCCAGGAUGCAGUUGAUAUAGUUCACAAGCAUCCUCACAGUGGAAGUGCAAGGAGGCUGGUGAAAGCGGCAAUGCAGGAAGCAGCUAAGAAACGAGAAAUGCGAUACUCAGACUUGAAGAAGAUCGAUCGUGGGGUUCGGCGUCAUUUUCACGAUGACACAACGGUGAUAGUCGUGUUUCUGGGUUCAAGCAGAGGGGAAAGAAGCCCUGUUUUGUCUGUGAGAGGGGGAGGAGUGAAGGUAUAUGCGAAGUCAGGGCUGAACACUGCCCCUUCGUAAACAAUAAUACAAAGGUUUUGAGGGGCUCUUCUCUGGGAUUCAGUGACCCACCAAGUUGUAUAUCAAGGAGAGAUGAGAGAAGGUUCGCUUUUAUUCUUUAAAUGCUCUGUUCUGCUCUGUUCUAAAUGCUCUGUUCUAAAUGCUCUGUUCUAAAUGCUCUGUUCUGCUCUGCCCUGCCUGAUUCACUGUUCAACUUAGUUCUUUCUUUUUAGUUGCUUUCUAAGAAUUCCAAGGGAAAGUACACUCAAAGUAUGGCAAUAGAGAGCUUAAAUAGAUAACAAUGGGAGAUUUUCUCUUGUCUUCUUUGCGUUUA